GGAUGGAGCCUCUGUGGGCUGAGCGAAGUCCUGGGGUGCGGCGGAGCUGGCCGGGCAGCAGCACCGGGAAGGAGCUAUCCCUGCCCGCCGUCCGCUUCGCCACGGCCCCGGCUCCUCUCGCCGCCGCUCCCGGACCUGUCGCCCAGACCGGCCCCGCUACCUGCCCGGCCGCGGGAGGAGCCACUUCCCUCUCCCCAGAAGGAUGGAGGUCCUGCAGCUCCUGCGCCUGCUCCUCACCACUGCCAUGCUGGGCCUGUCCCAGACAGUGAACCCCUUUGUGGCCCAGCAGAGCCCCCCAGACCCUUGCUACGAUGAGAGUGGUGCUCCUCGACGCUGUAUCCCUGAAUUUGUCAACGCUGCCUUUGGGAAGGAGGUUCAAGCUUCCAGCAUAUGCGGGAAGCCCCCGACACGGCACUGCAACGCCUCGGACCCCCGUCGAGCCCACCCACCCGCCUACCUGACUGACCUCAACACCGCCUCCAACAUGACCUGCUGGCGCUCGGAAACCCUCCACCACUCACCCCAGAACGUCACCCUCACUCUCUCCCUUGGCAAGAAGUUUGAGGUGGUCUACGUCAGCCUCCAGUUCUGCUCACCCCGGCCUGAGUCCACUGCCAUCCUCAAGUCCAUGGACUACGGCAAGACCUGGGUGCCCUACCAGUACUACUCCUCCCAGUGCCGUAAGAUCUAUGGCAAGCCCAGCAAAGCCACAGUCACCAAGCAGAACGAGCAGGAGGCCCUGUGCACUGACGGCCUCACCGACCUCUAUCCACUCACCGGGGGGCUCAUUGCCUUCAGCACCCUCGACGGGCGACCCUCGGCCCAGGACUUUGACAGCAGCCCCGUGCUCCAGGACUGGGUGACGGCCACCGACAUCCGCGUGGUCUUCAGCCGCCCGCAUCUCUUCCGUGACCUGGGCAGCCGGGAUGCCGCUGAGGAGGAGGGGGCCACGGGCUCCACCCCCUACUACUAUGCGGUGGGGGAGCUGCAGGUCGGUGGGCGCUGCAAGUGCAACGGGCACGCUGCACGCUGCAUUAAGGACAAGGAGCAGAAGCUGGUGUGUGACUGCAAGCACAACACAGAGGGACCUGAGUGCGACCGCUGCAAGCCUUUCCACUACGACCGGCCCUGGCAGCGGGCUACUGCCCGUGAGGCAAACGAGUGUCUGGCCUGCAACUGCAACCUGCACGCGCGGCGCUGCCGCUUCAACAUGGAGCUGUUCAAGCUGUCGGGGCGCAAGAGCGGCGGCGUGUGCCUCAACUGCCGGCACAACACAGCGGGCAGGCACUGCCACUACUGCAAGGAGGGCUUCUACCGCGACCUCAGCAAGGCCAUCACUGACCGCAAAGCCUGCAAGGCUUGCGACUGCCACCCCGUUGGUGCGGCCGGCAAGACCUGCAACCAGACCACGGGGCAAUGCCCAUGCAAGGACGGCGUGACCGGCCUCACCUGCAACCGCUGUGCCAAGGGCUACCAGCAGAGCCGCUCGCCGGUGGCCCCCUGCAUCAAGAUUCCUGCCAUCAACCCCACCUCCCUGGUCACUAGCACAGAGGCACCUGCAGACUGCGACUCCUACUGCAAACCAGCCAAGGGCAACUACAAGAUCAACAUGAAGAAGUACUGCAAGAAGGACUAUGUGGUCCAGGUAAACAUCCUUGAGAUGGAGACAGUGGCCAACUGGGCCAAGUUCACCAUCAACAUCCUCUCUGUCUACAAGUGCCGUGACGAGCGGGUCAAGCGUGGUGACAACUUUUUGUGGAUCCACCUGAAAGACCUGUCCUGCAAGUGCCCCAAGAUCCAGAUCAGCAAGAAGUACUUGGUCAUGGGGAUCAGUGAAAACUCCACUGACCGGCCCGGACUGAUGGCCGACAAGAACAGCCUGGUCAUCCAGUGGCGGGAUGCCUGGACACGCCGCCUUCGGAAACUGCAGCGGCGGGAGAAGAAGGGCAAGUGUGUGAAGCCCUGAGGGGUUUGCACCCACCCUGUCCCCCAUGCCCAGCCCCAGCCCAGCUGGGCGCUGCCCACAGACUCUGUACAUAUAUAUAGUGUGAAUGGA